AUGACCGAGAUGGAAUGGGAGUCUCGUGAAGAUUUUAAAAGCUACCUGCGCAUGAAGCCGGCCAUGUUUCACGAGAUGCUUAAGAGGCUAACCGACAGGCUUGAGAAGACCAAAACCAACUGGAGAACACCCCUUGGGGUGGGUCUCACACUUGCAGUGACCAUCCGCUACCUGGCCUUCGGUGACAGCUACCGAAGCCUCGCUUACUUCUUCCGCAUGCCGCACAACAUCAUCUCCAAAGUCGUGCGGGAGGUGUGUGCCUCAAUUGUUGAAGAGUAUAGCCCAGAGGUUUUCAGCACGCCCUCAACCCCUGAUAGCUGUCGUGUAGUAGCUGACCGCUUUGGUUCCCGGUGGAGUUUCCACAUUGCCAUCAAAUGCUCCAAAGACUCAGAUUCACUAUACUACAACUACACGGACUUUUUCUCCACCCUCCUCCUUGCCCUCGUCGAUGGGGACUACUACAAGUUCCUGUGGGCUGACGUCGGGACCAACGGCUCCGCGUCUGACUGCUCCGUGUUCAACAGUUCGACCCUUAGUACGGCCCUGAUGGAUAACACCUUGAGACUUCCCCCUCCCGAAUCUCUACCGAACGAUGACAGGGACACCCCGUUCUUUCUGGUGGGAGACGAUGCAUUUCCACUGCGAACAUGGAUGAUGAAGCCAUUUUCUCACAACCAGCUCGUUAUCCUGUUCCUCCGUCAGACGUUAUGA